CGCCGUCACCAUGCGGCGGCACGCGCGCCUCCACGCGCCCCGCCCCAGGAACUUCGUCUGCGCCAAGUGCGGCAAGGCCUUCUACGACAAGACGACGCUGCAGCAGCACGAGAAGGUGCACUCGGGCAAGACGGUGCCCUGCGACCACGCCGGCUGCAUGUACCGCUGCCGGUCGCUCUCAGAGCUGGCCUUUCACCGCCGGACGCACUCCGACGAGCGCUCCUUCCACUGCGACGCCUGCAACUUCUCCACCAAGACCAAGUCGCAGCUCGUCCGACAUGUGAAGAUGCACUUGAACGAGCGCGCGCACCGCUGCCAGCACUGCUCGUUCAGCUCGAGGGUGUCUUCCCACCUGCGCAGACAUAUGCGUGUCCACACUGGAGCCAAGCCCUUUCGCUGCCCUCACUGUACCUUCAACUGCAGCAGCCUCGAAAACCUACGUAAACACGUACUGAGCACCGCGAAGCACCAGGGGAAGUACAUGUACCAGUGCCACCUGUGCGACUUCGGCUGCAACAUGGCGGCCGACUUCCGUGCCCACCUGGUGGUCACGCACCCCAACGCCUUCCCCGACAGCGAAUGCGCCGCAUCGUACGCCACGGGCAUCUACCAGCGCGCCGACGACCCAGUCUCCGUCGACCAUCCACUCGAGCGCCAGCCGCGGAAGCGGAAGAGGCAGACCAAGUCGGCGGGCAGCUCUGAAGACACGCCAGUGGCGAACCCAGCCACACUACCUAUUGUGCAAGAGCCCGAGAGCCGCGUCGCUUCUGGUGGAUCUGCCGACAACCUCAAACAGCUGCAGCCUGCUGAGCUGACUGCCCAGCCAGCCAACGAAGAAGUCUCAUCUGUGAAAGUGAAACCAGAGCCCACAACACUGCAUUCUGACGAUCGGACUCUGCUGGAACCCGAGGAACAAACAGUGGGGCAGUCCCCGCCCAAAAGGAAACUGCAGUCCUCGACACCGAAGUCAGCUACCUCAACAGCUUCAAACUGCUCACCGCCAGGGCAUCAGACGACAUCCCAGACGGCACAGGCGAAGCACAGAAUACGCCUCGUGACUGCGACAAAGUCGGCGGCACAGCAUCCCGUUGGCAGUGUUCGUCAACUGACUCCUUCAGUACCUCCCCCACUCCAAAUUUCUCCACUGUCGAUUCAGAUCCCAGUGGUACCGACGGUGACGACACAAAUACAACCGAAAAUAGCCAUUCCAGCCAUCAGAAAUUCUACAGCUGCUACAGCUGCGCGUCCACUGGUUGGAGUGCCUGUUCCUCAGCUGCAGACGUUUCGGGCCACAACUGGCUGUCAGGUGCCACAGCUGCUGGUACAGCCGGCACCGUUAGCAUUCAUUCUGUCACAGCCGGGCAACGUCCUUCAGAAGUCUACAGCCACCAUUCAGCCCAAGAGUACUGCUAGUCCAACACUAGUGACGGUACGUGCCGAAAGUCCCAGGCCCCUGACACCUUCUGUGAUCCAGCUCUCACCAUCUGUCAUCUGUACUCCACAGCUACAGUUAGCAUCCAACGUUUCUGUCGGUAAAACCGUACGACCUUUAUCCUUGACGACAUUGUCCUCAGUACCAGGAACCAAAGAAUCUUUGAUCACUCCUGCUACGAUCUCUUCCAAAGCCCAGACUCAGGCAAAAUUUACAAGAAACGUUGUAGUAAAAUCUCAGUCACUUCAGAAUGCAGUCCAAUUAAAGAAAGCAACAGCAUCAGUUCCAGCAACAGGACAAAAGUUUCCACCACUUCUGAGGCCGGCUUUGGGUGUGACGCUCCAAAAGACAGCCCAGUCUUCAGUGACAGCUACAACGUCAGUGGCCUCGCUGACAACACAAAUGAGUGGAACGCCAAGUGAUCAUCGGGACUAUAUCAGUCAGACAAGGAGUGGCGUUGCGAGGGUCCUUACGUCAAUCGACAACGCGGAGCGUCCUGGCACGGCAUCGAGCAGUGAGACACAAACGAGCAGUAACAUUAAAGUGGAAGACAGCGAUACGGACGAACCAGCUGACCAGCGGUGACGUCACCAUGCUGCGGACAACCUCAUCGUGGGAGUGACGUCGUAAUGUGAAGUCCCCACGUCACGACGCAGGUCGUCAGAGUAUGUGCAGUGAAAGACAAUCCAUUGCUUUAUUUUCUUCGUUAACACGCGAGGAAAUCCGUCAGUCAGUCAGUACGAAACAGAAACGGCAACAUAAUCAGUCGAGCACUACAGCCGACAGCAGCGUGUAUUAGUUUUAUGAGAGCGAUAUCUCAAAUCCAGCCUGUCUUCGUAAAAAAGGAGACGUGAAGCUCCGCAAUGAAAAUAUCGUCGAUAUUAAAUAAACUUCAUUGCAAGGGAUUGGCUCUGCAAAUUUCUUCUUUUUUCGCAACUGAAAUCGUUGUUUUGAUCUGCACCAGAAAACGGGAAACUCGUGUGAUUUCCGUGGUUAGCGGGAUUUGUGAUGAUUUAUUUUCGGGGUUCCUUGCCGUAUUGAUGACUCCAUUCUGCGUGCAGAAUAUUUCGACGUCUGAUCUAGUCGUCUUUUUGAGGUUGUGACAUUCUUGGCCAGUGGCAACACUUUUUAUGUCGAAAUUUGUCUGGAUAACGCAUCAAGUGGCUGUAUAACCAUUUUCACAUUCAUUAAAAAUACUUAUUUUCUGAUCGACUGUACAGUCUAAGGUGGAAAGUCUCAGGCCGACUAUACAAUAGUUAUUGCUUAUUGGUUGUUACAUCAGUUUUAAAAAAAGAAACACUCAGUUACAUGUUUCCAAUAAAAAAUAAAAACCCUGCUUCUCAAGUCAACGUGGCUAACAUCUUUCCAGCCACAAAUUUAUAAGAAAUAUCACGGAGCCGUCGGCACUGACUGACACUCGGCCUUGUUCAUACAAGAGAUCGGCAAUUUCCGUCACUUCUCUCAGAAGCGGUUUUAUUUAAAGACUGCGCCAUUUACGUGAUUAGUUAGGUGUAAAAAGCUAUUCCAACAGAUUUGUUGGUGGAACGCCAAAAAUACGCAAUUAAGGAUUUUAAAUGAUGUCCUUCGCAGAAUACCAGUUAAUUUGGUUUAGAAUCUCCAUUUAUAAUUGUUUAUUGACAUUGGAUUUGCUAGAAAAAGACAUUGGUAUUGGUGACAUUUAAAACCAAUUACUUUUCCCCAUUACAAAAAUUGUAAUAAUAAUUUUGUUGAUGUAAGUCAUUCACUGUGCGUAAAGGUUGAUAUGGCGUUAAAAACUUCCAGUGAUGAAUGUGCUGGAGGCAAUAAAUGAUUUUAUAUGGCUAUAUUAAUUCUUUAUUAUUAAAAUAUAGACUUUUUACUUGCAUUCAGUUGUGUGUGCCGAGUUAGUUAUAUACUCUGCAUAGUCUGCAACAACACAGUCACUCUGAUGUGUGGUUCGAUCAAAAUGAUGCAAAAUUACCUACGAAAACCACAAUGUAUCAGAUGUGAUGGGUCAUUUAAAUGAAGCAGUCCUCUACGAAACCUGUUAUGUCACUAUGAAUUGUGCGACCUCCCGUUUUCCAAUAAACGUUACUAUUAUUUGUCGCGUACUCGAAACUGAGAAUUGGACGCGAAAAUUCGGAUGACUCAGAGAUACUAAUACGAGUAAGUGUAUUUAGUAUGUCUGGCAUUUAAUGAAUCAGAAAAUUACAAGAAAAAUUAAGGUCUUGGCAGUACUACGUUACGCGAAAUCGAAGUCUGACUGAAAUGUUCCGUAAUUUUACGUUACGUGUCAGAGACUACGCUGAAGGCAAUCAGUUAUGGACUUAGUGUAUGCUGUCGAUCUACUAUCCAUGAAAAUAAGAAGAUAAUUCGAGCUACAUCAGAAGAUAUUCAGAGCAGAGAUUUUAUUUAUGCUCACUGCCAGAAAGUCUCGUUUGUCUUUCAUUGUGUGUAAAAAUGGAGGCGUCAGUUAGAAUGGAAACG